AUGCUGAUUUACUUUAACAAGUCAAUUCAAUUAACAGAAGCAAUUAUAGAAGCCUCCAAAAGUAGUUAUGUUGUGAUGCAAGUUUGCUAUAAUUACAAUCCAAUGUAUAUUUUUAGGUGCAUAGUACCAGAUCAAGAAAAUGGAUCUGUCGUAACUGGCCUUGAAUUCCCAGUUGGAAGAAUCACUGGAUUUUUAAGUAAUAGAAAGUUUGAUGAGCGUGUCGACGCCGGUGCCCUUGUAUGCCUCUCCGCCAUUCUUGAAUACCUUGUGAUUGAGGUUUUGGAGCUCACAGGAAACGAGGCAAGGGACAAGAAGAAGAACAGGAUUGCACCUAGGCAUAAACAAUUGGCUGUAAAGAUCGAUGAAGAUUUGAGCAAGCUUUUGGGAAAUGUUACCAUUGCAAACAGUGGGGUUCUGACUAACAUUAAUCAGUGUUUGUCGCCAAAGAUAGCCGACGGAAAAGAUAAAGAGAAUGGCUUUGCUUCGGAAGAUCAUCUCAUUAGUCCAGCAAUGGGUGGUGAUUAUAGCACGCUGCAUCAUAAUAAAGCUCAAGCCCUAUCCUACUUCCAUGUUCAGUUAAUUUUUGGGUACAUUGAUGGCAUAGUGAAACCACCUUUGACGGAAGUUGAUUCCCCCCUCAAAAGAGGAAAUAGCAACCAUAGGAGAAGAGAAGCCGACGGGUUUGUCACCUUUGGUUUUGGUGUUGAAUUCGUUGUUUAA